AUGUCGACUUCGACUGGGGAAGCCCCUGGCGCCGCAGUCAACGACUCUGGGUCUCAGGGAGGUACCGAUAACAGUCCAACCGCCGAUACGAGCCCGCCGGCGGCGUCUCAAAAUCAGAAUAAUGGCAACGUUCCCAGGCCGAAGCGGCUAGCGUGUAUGAUAUGUCGAAAACGCAAGCUCAGAUGCGACGGCGUAAAGCCGAGUUGUAGCACAUGUACGAGGUUAGGACACGCUUGCGCUUACGAUGAAGUGAGACGAAAGAGUGGCCCUAAAAGGGGAUACGUGAAGGCUCUAGAAGAGAGACUGAAACAGGUCGAGACGCUCCUGAAUAAAAACCAAGAGCCGCCUUUUACCGUCGGGGUUGAUACGGGCAAAACGCCAAACACCACCUUUGAACAACCGAAUCGCAAUCAACGAACCGUUCCGACGCCCAAUUUCAAUAUUCCAAACCCUCAAUUAAACAUCCCAAGGGAUCGUGAUAUGGACCAAUGGAAUUUCAAUGCCGAGUCACCACAACCCGCCGCCGGCUUAGAUGAAUUUAAUUUUGGCGGGAACUUGAACAUGGGCGGUAUGGACAGCAGUUUUACGUGGGAGAUGAUUGGUCUUGGACUAGAGGAACCUCUCCCGCCGCAGGAGAAGAUCGAUGAACUGCAUCAAAUAUACUUCGAUAAGAUCCAUCCAUCGUUGCCCAUGAUUCAUAAAUUCCGGUACCUAGCAGCAAUGAAUUUGGCUCCAAACCAACGACCUCCCGUUGCGCUGCGAUAUGCGAUCUGGACCCAGGCCUGCGCGGUAGCAGAUAAAUUCGCUGAUUUAAAAGACCUCUUUUACCAACGCGCUCGUAAGUAUAUUGAGGCAGAUUACGUCAAAGGCUAUGGCGAGCACAUGAUUUCAGUAGCUCAUGCUCAAACUCAUGUGCUACUUGCCUCAUAUGAAUUCAAGAUGAUGUACUUCCCAAGAGCAUGGAUGAGCACAGGCGCUGCUGUGCGCCUAUGUCAGAUGAUUGGACUGCACAGACUUGACGGAACGGGCCUUGAUGUGAAGCAAUGUCUACCGCCUCCUCGCGACUGGACGGAGCGUGAAGAGAGGCGAAGGACCUUUUGGAUGGCCUUCUCGCAGGACCGGUAUGCCAGUAUUGGUACCGGUUGGCCCAUGACGGUCGAUGAGCGAGAUAUCAUGACCAAUUUGCCAUCUUCGGAGGAGGCGUUCGAAAUGAGUCGACCGGAACAGACGCAAUCGCUUGCAGACUCAAUGUGCCCAGCUGGAGCCGCCAAGCUUUCAUCCUUUGGGGGUAUAGUAUUGAUGGCCUGUUUGUUUGGCCGCAAUCUAGUCCAUCUUCAUCGGCCAGAUGCCGACGACCGCGAUCACGACCUCAACGGGGAGUUCUGGAAACGCCAUAGGAAUAUGGACAACAUUCUGUUAAACACGUCCCUCUGUCUACCAACCCAUCUAAAACUUCCUACCGGGCUUUCUAAUCCCAAUAUCGUAUUUACUAAUAUGAACAUCUAUACUUCGACGAUAUGUCUUCACCAAGCGGCUAUCUUCAAGGCAGACCGGAAUAAACUCCCACCGUCUGUUAGUUCGGAAAGCAAAGUUCGAUGCAUCACGGCAGCGAAUGAGAUUGCUAGCAUCAUGAGAAUGGUAUCUCACUUAGACUUGUGUGCUAUGAAUCCGUUCAUAUCUUUCUGUUUAUACGUUGCUGCACGAGUAUUUGUUCAAUACCUAAAGAGUAGGCCGGACGACAGCCAGACAGCAGAUUCGCUACGGUUCCUCCUUGCUGCUAUGAAUGCAUUGAAGAGGAAGAACCCCUUAACUGAAUCAUUCUUGGUACAAUUAGAUGUCGAUCUAGAAGCUUUAGGAACGCGAAUACCUAAGCUCAAGUCUGCCUUCCCAAGGAGUGCGGAUAGCCCUGGCUCCGGAGUCAAACUCCCAAAGAUGCCUUAUCGAAAAAACGGUGCUGGAGAUGCUAACUGCCCAACAACGGAUCACGAGUCAGGAGGUGGUGGCCUUCUUGCUUAUCGCCAUGCAAACGUGGGAAACGAUAACCCGCUAAAUGCUUCUAAUAAUCAUCAAGCUGAAAACCGCCACCCGAUCAACGGUAGACAACUGGUGGAUGAGUUCGCGGGUCAAAACUGGCUUGGGAGUGAACAAAACUCGGCUACUCGCGACCAGAGUGCUAGUAAUAAUAAUUGCAACCACGCAACAAUUCCUCCCAUAAUGUUCCCAGGGUUCGUAGAAGGGGUUGGAAGCGAUUCAAACGAUAUAUCAGCAUCCUCGAACACCGACGGACCAUCAAAUAGACCAACACCGAACUCGAGUACCGCCUCGGAUAAUCGCCAGAGCACGACAGGGCCUGGUCAGAUGGCAAAUUCGAGCAGCAGGAGGUCUUUCGAUACCAAUCCUAUCGGAUCCCACCAGAAUCUAGGGUCGCAAGCCGAGAUGGACGCGACUACAGCUGCUUUCUUUCAAAUGGGGGGUGGUGGUACAGGCAUGACUCCAGACCAGGGCUUCACACUUCCAGAUAAUUGGGCUGGGCAAAAUGAUAUGACGCCAGUGACCGAUGGGGUUCUUCAACACCUAUUGGAUGUACGAAUGGACUUGGGAUGGGACUCUAACACAUAA